CAAUCUCGCCCUGCGCUGGCGUACGCAGGUCAGUAGGCUACAGCAGAUUAACAGCGUGUACUCGUCCACAGCCGUCCAGUCGCGAGAUAUCUUCCGUAGCCUGGAGCUGAGAAGAGUCUUUGGCUUUCGGUUUCACACAAGUCCGAACGCGGGUAUUAGCUCAGAGCCAGUGUUUGUUUUCUAAUCGGAAUUCCCCUUACAGUGCGUGGCAUUCUUUCAGAUCGGCUACAUGUUUACUUACGUGUCUAGCUUUUGUCCAGGUUAGACAGAUCAGUUAAUGCUGAAGUAGUUUAUUUUAGUCGGUGAAACUGCCAUGGCAUUGCGGCUUGUCACACUUUUGCUAGCCCUCAACUCCAUUGAGUGUACAACUCGCAAGUACUACAUCGGAAUCAGGGAGGAGGACUGGAAUUACGCACCCAGCGGCAAAAACCUCGUCAACGGGGAAAACAUUGGUGACGAUGAACAUGCAUCUGUGUUCCUGACGCGAGGCCCUCACCAAAUUGGCAGCGUUUACAAGAAGGCCCUUUACAAACAAUAUACAGACUCUACUUUUUCUACUGAGAUCCCUAAACCUGACUGGUUGGGUUUCCUGGGCCCUGUGCUCCGGGCUGAGGUCGGUGAUGUGAUUGUGGUCCAUCUGAAGAACUUUGCCUCUAGACCAUAUUCUAUUCAUCCACAUGGAGUUUUCUACGAGAAAGACUCUGAGGGUGCGCUGUAUCCAGAUGAGACAUCUGGGAAGCUGAAGGAGGAUGAUCAGGUCCCACCUGGGCACAGCUACACCUACACAUGGAGGGUCAAACCAGAAUACGCUCCAACAGAGGCUGAUGCUAACUGCCUCACCUGGACUUAUCAUUCCCAUGGUGACGCACCCAAAGACAUCGCAUCAGGACUGAUAGGGUCUCUGCUCACCUGUAAGAAAGGGGUUCUGAAAGAUGAUGGGAGUCGCUCUGAUGUGGAUCAGGACUUCAUCCUCAUGUUUAGUGUUGCAGAUGAGAACCUCAGCUGGUACCUUGAUGAGAACAUUAAGAGGUUCUGCACAGACCCAGAUGGGGUUAACAUGGAGGAUGAGGACUUUCAGGAGUCCAAUUUAAUGCACUCUAUAAAUGGAUAUGUGUAUGGUAACUUGCCUGGUUUGGAGGUUUGUACAGGCAGCUUGGUGUCCUGGCAUCUCUUUGGUAUUGGCAAUGAAGCUGAUAUUCACUCCGCCUACUUCCAUGGCCACACCCUUCUGGACAGAGGUCAUCGUACUGAUGUCCUCAGUCUGUUUCCCGCCACUUUUGUCACUGCGGAGAUGAUUCCCAGGACAAUUGGGAAAUGGUUGCUAAGCUGUCAGGUCAAUGACCAUAUACGAGCGGGUAUGCAGGCCUUCUACCAGGUCUCUGCCUGUGGCUCAAAGUCUAAAGCAGCACCUACAGCGCCCCCUGGCCAUGAGAGACAUUACUACAUAGCAGCAGAAGAGAUUGCCUGGGACUAUGCUCCCCUCGAUGUGAACACCUUUACUGGCCAACCUCUAACUGAAGUGGACAGUGAUUCAGAGGUGUUCUUCAGUAGAGACGAGGGUCGACUGGGUGGAAAAUACCAGAAAGUCCAUUAUACACAGUACACUGACAGUACAUUCACUACCAAAGAAAACUCAACGCAGAGCCUCGGCAUUCUGGGCCCAGUCAUCCGGGCGGAGACAGGUGAUGUUGUGGUGGUAACAUUCCUGAACAAAGCCAAGUAUAACUACAGUAUCCAGCCUCACGGUCUGCAUUAUGAAAAAGCUUAUGAAGGAGCCAAGUACCAAGAUGGAUCCCAGAAAGAUGGAGCUAGUGUACCUCCAGGUGAACGUUUCAUCUACCGGUGGAAAGUGACUGAAGGUCCCUCUGACAAUGACCCGCCCUGUUUAUCAUAUUUAUAUUACUCUGCCUCUGACCCCGUCCCUGACACCAACUCAGGCCUGGUGGGGCCACUACUGGUGUGUAAGAGAGGAGCACUGGAUGACAGUAUGAUGCAGAAAGAAGUAGACAGGGAAUUUUUCCUGCUUUUCUCUGUGAUUGAUGAGAAUGAGAGCUGGUACCUGGAUGACAACAUUCAGAAGUUUGGCAGUGACCAGACUUACAAAAACAGCUCAGACUUUCAGGAGAGCAAUAAAAUGCAUGCGGUGAAUGGCUAUAUGUACGGGAACCUUCCUGGACUAGAUCUGUGUGAGGGGGACCGUGUUGUGUGGCACACACUGGGUUUGGGAACUGAAGUAGACAUUCAUGGUGUUCAUUUCCAGGGGAACACCUUUAAAAGGGACAACACAAACCGGGAUACCCUGAGUCUCUUCCCCCACACCACUGCUACUGUUACCAUGACACCAGACAACGAGGGUACAUUUGAGGUGAGCUGUCAUACAACCGAUCACUACAGAGGGGGCAUGCGGCAACACUACACAGUCAAGCGCUGUUCGGCGGGUCAGAGGUCAAAAGCCGCGACCUCUCCACCUACUGUUCGUUACUUUCUGUCUGCGGAAGAGGUGGAGUGGGAUUAUGCCCCUGAUCGGACCUGGGAACUGGAAAAACAUGGAGGAAAUGACAGUCAUGGAGAUAUGUUCCUCACUCACUCGGAGGAUCGGAUUGGCUCUAAAUACAAAAAGGUCGUGUUUCGUGAAUACACAGACGACACGUUCAAGACACAGAAAAAACAUGAGGAGCAUCUGGGAAUUCUGGGUCCUAUUCUCAGGGCUGAGGUUGGUGAGAGGAUUCAGGUUGUGUUUAAGAAUAAAGCCACUAAACCGUUUUCACUUUACGCUCAUGGUGUGAAGACCAGAGGGGGACACCGGUCACCUGCCCAGCCAGACAGUAUGAUGACAUAUGAGUGGGACAUUCCAGAAAGAUCCGGCCCAGGACCGUCUGAUCCAGCGUGUAUAACAUAUGCUUACUACUCUCAGGCUGAUGUUGUCAAGGACUUGAUGAGUGGUUUAGUGGGACCACUGGUUGUGUGUCGUAAAGGGACUCUGAAUGAACAGAGACAGAGGACAGAUGUACAGAGAGAGUUUGCUCUGCUCUUCAUGGUGUUUGAUGAGAAUGAGUCCUGGUACCUGGAUGACAACAUUAAAAGUUACCUCGACAAGGAUCCAAGACACUUCAACAAAGACGACCCAGACUUUAUGGAAAGCAACCUGAUGCACGGUAUAAACGGAAGGCUGUAUGCUAACCUGCAGGGUCUGGUAAUGAGCAAGGGGGAGAAGGUUGACUGGUACCUGAUUGGACUGGGAAAUGAGGUGGACAUGCACACAGUCCAUUUUCAUGCUGAGAGUUUCAUCUACAAGAUGGAUCACUCUCAUCGCGCAGACGUGUUUGACUUAUUCCCUGGAACCUUCCAGACCAUCGAGAUGACAGCCGGGAAUGCUGGGACGUGGCUGCUGCACUGUCAUGUCACUGAUCAUAUUCACUCUGGCAUGGAAACCACCUUCAAAAUUACCUCUAACACAGGAACCAGAAGUGGCUCAUCAGGAAACAGUUCUAAUGCUUCCACACAGAUAAGAGGCUCCUCCUCCUUUAUCCUGGCUCUCCUGGGAUUGGUUCUCUUGGCCAUAAGACCAUGAUUGACAAGGAAGAUGUAAUGAGAAACUGCUUAGAUCCUACAACUGCUUCUGUGACAUCAUAACACACACGUCCUUUCUGCUGUAUACACACCGCAUUUGCGUAACUCUAAAGGACAACUUUUACCAAAUUUAAAUCCAAAAUCAAAACAGAGGGAACAUAUUAGACUGCCAAAACAGAACAAAAGGGACAAAUCAGUCAUUUUUGUAGGAAUGUCUUCUUAGGCCACCUUACUGGUGAAUGUUUGUUUGAAAACAACACUCAUUACUUCCUUUUUACAGUGAAGAGACUUCCAGAGAACAAAGACAACACUGCGUCUCUGACACACUCACACAUGCACACGUGAACCCAUAUGCAGGCUUUCACACACGCGCGUACACACGCGUUUCUGAAGCCACAUACACUAUACUUACAGAUCAGUAUUUAUUCAGUGUUUCAUUCAGUAAUCAGUAUUUAAAUGAAUGGUGCAGAGCAUUGAGAUGAAUGUUCCAUUGUGUGAGAGGGCAGGAGAAGCAAAGAGAAGAUUGUAAUAGAACUAGGGGGGAAAGCCCAUUAAAAAAAUGGUAAUUCCUCAAAGUGAAUAUAUGUACUCAGGUAGUUCAGUUUAAAAAUACAAGGCUGUGUCAGAACAUGUAAAUACAACUGUCAUUUUUUUUCAGUAUUUUUACUGUACACAAAAUUUUCAGUGUUCAGCACUCCUUUGACUUUUCAGUUCAGUACUGUGCCUUUGGCAGGUAAACAGAGCAGAAGUAGAGGAGUAAAUAACAAGAAACUAAAAACCGAGUCAAACAAACAACCAAGUAAACAAAAGCAUUGCGAGGAGAUCGACAGGUUUGCCGCAUCACAUAAUUUACACAAACAUGGCGAUUUUACUGUUGUUUAUUUGUUGGUUCAUUUGUUUUUUGGGUUUUUUUUUUUUUUUUUGGUUAUUGCUUAAUUUUAGUGUAAUUUUGAGAAUGGUAAGAAUGGUCAUUAGGUGUUAUAACUGUCUUCAUAGCCAGGUGAAUUUUUCAAAAUGCAAUGUGUCUCAGAGUUGCUUAACCUAACCCCGUGUGCAGAGAAAGACCCCGGAAACCCUGUCACUUGUCAUAGCUUUAAUUCAGCUUACGAUAUAGCAGUUAACAUUUCAAACCCACACACACACAAGCUGUCAUUAUACAGGUGAAUUUUGUUUACAGGUUAUGGGACAAUUUGAAAGAAAUCAACUGAAGUGAAGAUGAAAAGGGAAAAGCGAAAAAAAAAAAACAUAUGAGCUUAGUCUUCCUCUAUUUCUUUUCUUUUUUGUAUUUUCAUGUCUAUACUCAUUCACUGGACUCUUUGGAGCAAGUACACUGAAUAUUUAAGCAUUCGCUGUCCAACUCUUUUUUUUUUUUGUAUGACUAUAGAGUUUUUGUACCACCUGUUGUGGGCACAUAGAGAAUUCUGUGGGCGGAAGAAGAUGCAGGAUACACCCUCUUUUUUUUUUCAAACUCUAUGUCAACCUCAGUCUGACUCCUUCAAAAUGGCAUUUUGGAAUUUUACAAGAUUGUAGAUGACUGAAUGAUUUAAUUUGAUUUUUAGGUUUUAGAUUUAGGUUUUUUUAAUAUAUAUAUAUAGCUGUUAUGUUUUGAUGAUGUUCAUGGAGAAACGGUGCCUUCGUGUUAAGCUGCUCAUUUUUGGCUUGUAAUUAUUUGUCGCCGUAAGAUUAUACUAGAGCUGGACUUGUCUGAAAAUUCAUUGUAUA